UUGGUCUCAUUUGUGCAAAAUAAAAGGGUAAAACCUAAGUGUGUCCUCUACUGUAGUUUAGAUUUAUUUAUUUUAUGAUAAGAACAAUUGAAAAAUAUUAUAAAUUGCAAUAAAAGUUGAAAAAAUCUACUUUACAGUAAAUGCAAAUUCAAGUUUAAAUUUUCUCGUCAACCAGCCGCAAUUGGAUUUAUUAAUCGUCUCUUUUAUAACCUGGCUACAUACAGACAUUUUUUUCUUGAUAUCCUUUAAUAUAUUUUGAUAAAUUAUGCCUGAUUCUGUCCAGAUUUACUCAUGUCACAAAAAAUUCACCGAUGGUCUCCGAGGCCACUCCGUUCUGCAUUAAACUGAACAAUUCUUUAGUGGCUUGCAUCCAAAGAUGAAAGUGUAAUUGCGAAUUCGUAAUUCUUCUUGAUUAUCGGCUAUUAAAUCAGCCACUUUACGUACACUUCAACACCUUCUUAGUCCAGUCCGACUUCAUCAAUAAUGAUACAAUUAAAUUGUGACCAAAUGAUUCGUUUGAAAGGAGCACGUGGUGAUGGAGCAUCGCCUUUUGAUGUCAUUCUUGAAAAAGAAGCAACUCUUGGUCGAUCAAAACAAUCCAAAAUUCCACUCGUUUCUCUUUAUAUUAGCCGUUCUCAUUGUAAAUUUGAAAAGGAGAAUAAUGUCUGGUAUCUCACCGAUUUAAAAAGUUUCAAUGGUACCUAUCUGAAUGGUGAACGUUUGCCUCCGCACAAAAGAUCAGCGAUCAAGUAUGGAGAUAAGAUUAGAUUGAGUUUUCCAGUCCAAGGAGAUGACUGUUGUUUCGAGUUGCAAGUUAUGAAGCCAUCUAAUGCCAAUGAGAAAUCUAUUGAAGUUAAAAAAGAAAAAAUAAACGAAAAACCUAAUGUAAGCAUCGUGACCUCCACCCCUAAGACUAAGACUCCGGAUACUGAAAAUGUUAUUGUCAUUCAGGAUAAUGCUGUCGAUUCCUGUUUUGACCCUGUUGUAGAAUCGCCUAGGAGGACUAAAAUACUGGAAACAAAAAGAGCUAAAGACUUGAAAAUGCAUUACCUUAAACAAAAACUAGCUAGAAGUGCAAAUGACAACUUUAACAAGAACAAAACCAAAACUGGUGGGCUGAAAAAACAAGUUGCCGCAUCCUAUGGUAAUCGGAUUCCGAUUCCUGGUGGUGGCUCCGCUCGUGUCAUCCCCUCUACCAACAAACCCGAGAUAACAAUCCUAUCCACUAAACCGAAACAACCUGGUUCAGUGCAGCCUGCGCCUAAAAUUAAAAUAGAAAAAGACGAAUCUAAAAAAUCUAGUCUUGAUAUAGAUUGUAUAAAUUUAGUUGGUGACGCGCCUACGGUCAAAAGGCAACCAGUUCCGACUAAUGUGUCAAAUCGCAGUAAUAGAGUUACAUCUCUUGUUGAGUCCAUAAUUGCAGCUCAAAAGAAUAAUGUUAAUAUUAAACCUGGACAGACUAACAGGCCGAAGACUACCAUUUCUAAAGUAAGUGAAGAACCAUCCGUUUCUGAUACUACUAAAUCAGCUGAAUCCGGAGCUGCAUCUAAAUCAACGGAAACUGGAAGUGUAUCUAAACCUGUGCCCAACAAAAGACCUGUGCCUGAAAGUGUUCCCAACAAAGCUACUAAUCCAUCUAAAAAAGUCAAAAUUUCUGAUGGAGGAAUCGCACAAAUGAUUGCUGAGAAGCGAAGUAAACAUGAUAAUAUCACGGUCAGCCCAAUGAAGCCUUUAGGACCACCACCAACCACAUCUAAAAAAACUAACCAAAUACCUCAACCAACUUCAUCUGUAUUACAAAACCAUAUAAGUUUGCUUCCAAAAGAAUUGCAGGUCAAAAAUUUUUCUACUGAUAAUGUACUUUUAAAAAUUCUCGAAUGGAGUGUUCAAUGGAUCAGGGAGAGCAAAACAUUGUCCAACAAACCACCUCCUAUUACAGAUAAACCUCUCAUUAAAUUGAGUUUAUCUUAUUCAAGUUGGCAAAAAUAUUACGAUACUUAUGAGCCAUUGGUGCUUCACGAAAUCUGGUCUCAAAUUAUGCAAUCUUAUGAAAGUGAGAAGCAAUCUAAUGUUCUAAUGGUAGCUGUCUCUAGCUAUGAACUCAUCGAUGGUUUUCUCAAACUUGACUGUCAAGCUACAAUGCUUCCUUCAGACUUUCGUGAUCAAUUAUAUUUGAAUGAAGGAGAUUUAGCUUUGGUCGAAUUACAAUCUGAAAGCUGUGAAAAAAGAGUCGUUUUUGGAUACAUCGAGACAAUGAUUUCAGAAGAUAUUACUGAUAGGACGCCAAUUCUACGGACUUAUCGAGUGCCUCCUGGUCAUAGAAUUUUCUUAAAAUACCAGAUAAAAAUAAAGUUCCGCCAAGUGAAAUUGGACUGUGCUUCUCUGAUGAGAGUCAGAAGUAUAUACUACCUCAAGCCAUUGCUUAGAAAUAUUGAAGCCAUUUUAGCUCUUCAAAAUUCCAAGUUGUGUGAAGACAUUCUUUCGCCUAGGAUGGUUACUUGUCAAAUGGCUGUUCCAUCUAUUAAAUUUAGUAAUCCUGACUAUAACGAGUCCCAACUGAAAGCCAUCUUAGCAUCUGUCGAAGCUGUUCAAAGACCUUACACUAUGCCUAAAUUAUUAAUGAUUCAAGGUCCUCCAGGAACUGGUAAAACAACAACUCUGGUAGGAAUAAUCAAAAAAAUAUUCGAAACUUGGGAAGAAUCUAAUUCUCCACCUAAAGUUUUGGUCUGUGCUCCUUCGAAUGGAGCGAUUGAUGAAAUUGCCAGGCGACUUCACAGUGCUCGACAUUUUUUAACCUCAACUCAAUGGAAAAGACCUUUAAGGUGUGUUCGUGUCGGAAUGCCCAAUCAAAUGCAUCCCUCUGUUCGUAAAAUGUCAUUAGAUGAGUUGGUUACUGAAAAUAUCUCAAGACAAAAGUCUGAUCACCAACGUGGUAUUCAAGAAAAGAUUGAUAAUCUGGAAAGAGAUGUUGCUUGUAAAGACCGUCUAGUUGCUGACUAUCGCGCUAAAAAUGAUAAAAAUAAUGUUGAUAGAUGUUUAUCAGAAAUGUUUAUUUGCAAUCGAGAGAUUGAGUUCUUAAGAAAGGAAUUGAAAAACAAUAAUGAGCAAAUGAAUGAUAUCAACAAGAAAAAAAGUCUUAGAGCUGAUAUCCUCAAAAAAGCUGAUGUCGUUUUGUCAACUUUAAACAGCUGUCGUCAAUCGUUGCUAGAAGGAUUAUAUCUUACUGAUCGAGAUCCUUGCCAAUUUAAUUGUGUCAUUAUUGAUGAAGCCUCGCAAUGUUGUGAACCUGAGAUUUUGAUGCCUCUCACUUAUACCUCAAUUUCAAAAAUGAUCCUCAUUGGAGAUCCUAUGCAGCUUCCAGCUACUGUCAUCUCUCCUGUUGCCUCAGAAUAUCAUUAUGAUAGAUCUUUAUUUGAAAGAUUUUUCCAUCAUUUUGGUGGUUAUUCAUCUUCUAGUCCAGUAUUGAUGCUUGAUACUCAAUAUCGUAUGCACUCUUCAAUAUGCUCUUUUCCAUCGAAAAAGUUUUACAGCAAUCGUUUAAAGACUGCCCCAGAUCUCGACAAAAGACCUUUUCCUCUCAAACCUUAUUUAAUUAUUGAUCUUAAAGGCACCACCUUUGAUCAAUCCAAUUUCAAAAAUAUCCACAAUGAACUGGAAGCCGAUUUUGUUAUUAACCUGUAUUCAGCUGUUCGAGAAAUUUGUCAUCGUGAUACAACAGUGGGUAUUAUUACACCGUAUCAAGGACAGAAAAAAUUAUUGUCUAAUAAAUUGGAAAAAAAUUAUCCCAAUGUUGAUGUCAACACAAUCGAUGGGUUUCAAGGGCAAGAAAGAGAUGUCAUUAUUAUUUCUUUGGUUCGUGAUUUUUCCAAGCGCGACUGUGGCAUCGGUUUUCUCGGCUCAGCUAAUCGUUUAAAUGUUGCACUUACCCGAGCUCGGCAUUCAUUAAUAAUUUGUAUAUCAGACAUUUCAGAUGUAAAUAACGAUCUAUGGAAAAGUUUAGUAGAUAACGCCGCUUCCAGAAAAUUGCUUCUUAAAACUUCAUGUAGAGUCAAAAAUGGACUCAAAAACCUAAUCAAGGCUGAAUGAGUGUUCAAUUGUAUAAAAACGUGAUACCGAAUUUUACCAUUUUCUGAUGUCGAACCUGUCUUUUGUCAAUAUUCAAAGUUGAUUUUUAACUUUUUUUUGGUUAUCCCCAGCCUGUUCAACAAUUCUUGUAAAUUUUUUAUCCAUCUAUAGUAUUCCGUCCUUCAAAGACUCAGAAUUCAUCAGUGAAUCAAAGACAAAUGCGAUUUUCUCCUCAAAUUUGUAAAUUAUUGACAUCAAUAUUCAACUCAAGCGCAAACAUUUAACCAAAGUUUCCCGAUGAACACUGGACGACAACUGUGACUCUAGAUGCCAGAAACAUUUUUAAACACAAAGAAAUGUAAAACACAUGUCCUUCCAUUAAGCCUUUAAACAAUUGUGAUUGAAAGAAAUUGUGCUGUUUAAGAUGAAACCUUAAUCAUCCUUUUCAUCAUUAUCUGUCUCAUAUUUUUACUCUUGUUAAGUUUUGUAAAUUGACUCACUUGAAAAUAACUCAUCGAAAAACAAAACUGUCGACACUUUUGCAAAAGAACUCCUAUCAAGCUCUUCUUCCUUUCCGGCUAAUCUAAAUGAUUUACACUGUUUUCUUGUCUUGAAAAUGUAUUUAUAAAUGGUUCAACACUCAACAGGCUGUACAUGAGGAGGGCAACAAGAAAGUUAAUCUUAGCCUGAUUUCAAAAUUUGGCGAUAAUGAAGAUUGUAAAGCAACAGA